AUGUGCCCUGAUCUGAAGAAUGUUGACAGUCAGCAGCUUGCCCGGCUUAGGCACGAUGUAUCCAAACCGGGGACUCCAGACAAUGGAAGAAGCACUCUUUGCCGCCCACCGCCUAGCCCACCGCCUAGCCCACCGCCUAGCCCACCGCCUAGCCCACCGCCUAGCACACCGUCUACCUAA